UUAAUCCAUUAGCUCUAAAUCCAGCCGAGUUCUCACACUCCUUUUUUUGAAUCAAAGAAGAAAACCCAAGUGGGAAAACGUACAAUGGAACAGGGCACAACUUCAAGAGCAGAUCCUAUGCAAUAAGCACAUGGGAUUUUAAGGUGAACAACAAAGGAAACUGACAACAAAACUGGGACCAUGAUGGAAAACUCCUGAGACACAGGCCAGUCUGCAGCUCAGGAUGACACAGUGAGUUUGAUUUUUACGUGUGUUCUGGAUUUUUGAUCAAAAAUAAAGACGAAGAAAGAUGGGCUGCACACCUUCUCGCAGUGAGACUGAUAGUUCUGCUGCAAGAAGUGGUCUUAAGGCUUUGAAUAAACCCAAAAGUGUUUUGCCGAUUGAUUCGAGAGAUAAGGGAAUCCCUCUGCUGGUUAAAGGUUCAUCUUGCUACAAUAUUGAUGAGUAUGGGAUUCAGAGGAAGGACUACCUGGAAGAAGAGGAGGAGGAUAGACUGUCAGAGCUGGACAAAAAUGAUAAUGUGCAGUUGUCUUCCAAGACUUAUUCAGAUUCCCAGAUUUCCAGGGAAGACAAGAAAAUUGAGAGGAGAGCCACAGAUGCUGAAGUCGUCAUGUCUGAACUGAUUGAGUCUCAAAAGCACAUCACUGAGUCCAUAGAGAUCAGAAAGCAAACCUCCUGCGAAUCAGAAGCAUCAGCUUUCAUCUGGGAUGACAAGAAUGAAAGCAAUGCAAAGCAAAUCCCAAAGAAAGGAAAGAAGAAAAAAACCCAUAAGCUGGCAAAGCAAGGUCAACCCAACAAAAGUAAGGAAAAGUCCAUUCUGGCCCCGUGUGAGACAGAGAAGAAGGUAGACUUCCCAGAGCUGCUCGUCAAGGCUCACCAGAGUGCGUACGCCUACUUACACCCCAACCUCUCCAAAUAUGAAACUAUUCUGCACAUGGCCAACCAGGCCACCCAAACUCAGCUCUUCCUGCAGCAGAUGAUCAGCUUCCUUGUGCUUCGCUUUGAUGAAAUCAACCAGCUCUUGGAAGAAAUUGCCAACGAUGGGGAAAAUCUUCUCAAAGAUGUGGGUGGGAAUCUGGCAUGGCCGGCAGAAAAGGACGAUUUGAAGGAGCACCCUGAUCUUCUGCAACAGCUACUGCAGUACACGGUGAACAAAAUGCUGUUGGUGAGUGGGAUGCUGGCCUCCCUCACGUCCAACGCCCUGCAGGAGACAUGCAGCUACCUGCAGUCGGCUGCAAGCAACUUGGAAGGCAAACUAAAAGCAAAGCAAAGCUUUGAUGAGCACCUGCUACGGACGGUAAAGCUGCUUGAAGCCUCCACUGUGGGACCCUCUCAGUGCCACGGUGAUGACAGGACUCUCUGUUCUGAGGACAGUGGCAUUGGUGUGGACAGCGAAUCCCUCAAAGAGUUCAGUGCUCUCAGCCAGCAUGGAGCACAGCCAGGUGACUCCUGUGCACAUGGACAUCCAUCCCGAAAGCAUGCCGGAACCGCGGAGCGUGUGAGCAUGGGCACAGCUGCAUCCCAUGGCUAUGCUCUUGGAAGGCAUUUUAAAGACAUGUUUCAUUCAUCCAUGCAAAGUAGGGAACCAACUUCUUGUCAGGGUGGAGUAACAGAAGGCACUUCUACCAUGCCCCGGUAUGCAAGUUUGAGCAAAAGCCACAACUCCUUGCAGUCUGAUUCUACUCAGGAAGGUGAACAUUUCAAAAUCUGUGAAUCAACAGAUUUUCCUUCGGAUGAGGAUGAUGAUGAUGAUGAAGAAGAGAGCACGCUGGGGGACGAUGAUGACAACACAAGUUUAUCAGAAAUGGGGAAGGAUGCUCUGCCGAGGUCCCAGUCUUCACCUGCGCUCACUGAUAACAUUCAAAGGCAGUCCAUCAAAAGGACAGAGAAUGUAGAUACAGAAGAAAUCAUUUUGAAGAUGAAAGAUGCCAUCAGUGAAAAAAUCAAGUUCGUCCCAGCUAAAUCCGGGCGUAAAGAGUGGAUAGAGGAUGAGAGCGGAAGAGCAGUCCUAGCAAAGAGGCCCAGUACAGCAACAGGCAGACAGAGAAGGUCUGGGAAACAACGACGGUCCAGGUCAGAGGAGUCUCUCAGAAGCCAGGCAGAGGACCCGACUCUCCUGGAGCUUCAGAGGACUCAAAAAGAGCUCAGCAAAAGGCUGGAAAUAUUGUAUGGAAAGGAUAUAGCCAACAACCUGGAGCUUUGGAAAUCAAGAACAGCACCUUAUUUGCAGGAUGAUCAAAUUACAUCUAGGUCCUCCCGCAAGCUGAAGGCAGGCCUCUCAAAAAAUUUCAGCAUCCUGCCUAACCAGGAUAAAGUCCCUUUGUUCACAUCUGAUCAAAAUCCUGUCCUUCUGCUGAAUGAAAAGAGAGUCAGGAAGCCUGUAAGAGCUACUGUGCCUACCCAGGAGACAUCAGGAGGCAAAGAAAAUGACCCUCCUGGAGCACAAAUGUUGAGUGGCAGCAGCUGUACCCCCCGGCAAUCUGUCAAAAAACUGAUUGAAACCUUCAGUCCUACUGAUGAUCUUGCAAAAGCCAAACCUCUAAGAUCCUUAGGACCAAUAAAGUGCAUCAGAAAAUUUGGACUUCCAGUCAUGCCACCCACUACUCCCUUUCAGAGAGGCCUGGCACCUUUAAAUCUUAAGCAUCGUAUUUCGCCAGUAGAAGACACAAACACCAAUGAUGUUUCUUCUAGCUUUCCAAAUGCCUUUCUUCCUGCACCACCUGCAGAAUUAAGCAAGAAGGACAUAAAGGAAGAGACCGAUGAAGACACUGAGAACCUGCCACCACCACCACCUGAGAUGUUAAUGGACACUUCUUCUGAAAAUUUAUCCGAGCCGGAAGAAGCUGCAAGAAUAGAAAGAAGCUCUCUGGAAGAUGCCAAAAAGACCACCAAACCAGAAUUGCAUGCUGCUAAGAGAUCACAAGUUUCCCCAAAAAUGAAAGCCUCCCUUCAGUCCAUCGACUUACUGCCAAGCAAAAAUAUCAGCGGCCCCAGUGCGGUGACUAAUAAAGGUCUAAGGAGUACCAGGUCAGGGGAUGAGAAACUGCACAGGUACUCCCUGGAGCUGAACCCCACCAAUGUGCGCAUCCCCAGCCAGGAGGAGAUAUUAGAAACCCAGAGGAAAGAGGCCGCGGAUUUAUACAAGCAAACCCAUAAAAUUAUUCCCCUUCAGAACCCCAGUGGGGUUUCAAACCCGCACAGCAGCAGCUCAGAGAGCAAGGGGCCCAACCCACCUGCGCCUUCAUUGCCACGCCAGAAGCACGGCUCUCCCGAUCCGCUCCGGAGCAGCGAAAAGGGCUCACUGUUCACCAGGAGGGUCUCCCCAUCGAGAACUGCUCCUUCUUCACCAACUGAGAAACGGCUUUUCAGCCCCCCAGCGCAUCACAGACAUUCUCUGCAGGCUUUCAGCAGCACACAACCGAGCUCACCCACCCUGCAGAGGAAACCCAGUCCCCCCUCCAGCCCCAGGGUGCCCAGCCCACCUUUGCAGAAGAAGCUACCCUCUCCACCACCGCAGCGAAAACCACUCAGCCCUCCUGUGGGGCACAGGCAAAGCUCACCAACAGCACAGCGGCUGGCAGGCUCCCCCACUCCAUUCCCCACCACCCCCUCCCCACCAGCCUCCCCAUCUCCCUCCUACAAGGGGCCAAGAGCUGGGCUGGAUGCUGGGGACAAUCACCAACUCUCCUCCUCCAAGAGGGGCAGCAAUGUCCGCUCCAUAUUUUGCCCAGCCACCUCUUCCUUAUUCGAAGCCAGACCUCCAGUGGUACCCAGCAAGUGCCCUGCUGAGGGGACCAGCCAGCCUGAAGCUGCAGCACACUCCCAGAAGAGCAGCCUGCUGUUCCGGCAGCCUGGUGACCAUCCCAGGAAGCUGUCCCUGAGCACCAGCAAUCCUCAGCCGUUCGUGAGGAGAAGUUUCUCCGACCGCCGCCCAGGGGCCCAGCCUCAUCUCCCAGCUCCUCUAACAGCUGGCAGUGAGCCUGCACUUCACCAGGCAAGCUUGGAGAAGAGCCCUAGAAAAGCAGGUGACUCUUGGAACAGCUCUGGCGCUGCUGAAAGCAGAGAGUCCAACAGAUCUGCUUCCCACCCCGAGCUCUACGUCGUGGGCCAGGGGCUGCAGAGGGACUGACAGCAGGAGCACCCCCAGGGGCAGAGGCAAGAGCAAGGCCAGAGACCCCAGAGGGAGGAAACAGCCUUAGCCAAGCCUCCAGAACACAGCUUCAUCUUCUCUUGCAAGGAAACUGUACGAUGGCAUUGCAUCAAAAUGCAUGAUGCAUCAAAAUCCCCAAACUGGGCUCAACAAUCAAACGAAAUACCAGCCAGCUGCUUCUCCUUUCAUGCCGUGGUUUUGCUCAGAGAUCCACAUGGAGCAAAAGAAACACUUUGUAGCUGGGUGAGUCUGAGGCAAAUUUGGUUGAUGAAGACAGGACCUAUAGCCAAGUCCUUUUUGCCCCAGUUUAGACAAAAGAUUUUUUAAAAGCUAACACAAAUUAUCAUUAUUCAGCACGCUAUUUAUUCAGUAGGCAUCACAGUCUGUGUAAAAAGGGCUGUUGUGACUUUCCCCUGAAGGAGGUAAAACCCUGAACCAAUUGAGUGUUACUGCAAUUAAACAUCCAUUCAGCAAAGCCACAUUUUGACCCUAGGUGUUUAUCUACAUGAAGGGAGAGAAUAACACAAAGCAACCCAUUUUGAAGGAAAAAAAUUAGGGAUAUUACUCCCUCAAAAAAGCCUUUGAUCUUCUAAAUCACCUUUGAUUACCAGAUAAUCUUAUCGCCUCUAGUUUCCAGGGUACAGGGCUUAAUCCUGAUUAGAGUAGUUUUGCAAUCGCCUGAUCAAACAACAUUAUAAUUCACAAAGCAUCUAAGGACACAUUUGGAGCUUUUGCUUGGGUUUGUUUUUUUGGUUUUUCUUUUGCAAAAGGAAAAAAUGGCACCACAGAGAAUCCUGUUCUCCCUGGAAAAGUUUCAUAUUAUUUUUCUGAUUUAUGCAGUUUGAGGGUAUUCAUUGUAAUUUCACUGGAUAGUCUAGAUAGAUUCUUGUUAAUAAAAACACAAGUUAUUUACAGUCAAUUAAUCCUAAGAUUUUACAGCAUUCACUACAGUCUCAAAAAUUACUGGAUCUUCCUCACCCAACUAAUAUGUCAUCAUGGUUAAGAUGUAGCUUUUAAGUAAUGUAGUUUUAGUUUCAUUUGACAUUUCAUCUACAACUUUAGUGCAGAAUAAGAUCCAGAAUUAAAAAAAAAAAGCCAUUUGUACCAAACUUUGUUAGGAAUAGUUUAAUUUUUUUUCCUACAGUGUUCAUCAAGAUGGUGUCUGGGAACUUCACCUUCACACAGCAUUUUUACCCUUUCUGCCCACCUUCUUGUUGGGAGCUUCCCCUUCUCCAGUGCAAGGGUUACUCUGGGUACUGAACUCCUGAGUUCUAGUCCUGUGCCUUAACCACAAGCAUCUUUCACCAAGUACAGUGCCAUUUUGCACCACAGACACAAGGAAACCUUAAUUAUUAUGUUUAAAGUGGGCGUUUGAGUAUAGGCAAGCAGUGAAUAGAUGCUUUGGAUGGUCAGGGGUUUGUGAGCUUAAAGAGGCCAGGCAGCCAUAGCCAUAGAGAUGUCAACCAAUCCACUGUGUAAUCAAUCACACAGGCAGAUGCACCAUCCCCUGCCAAGCUGGAAAAUCCCCAGGGAGACACGGCAAAGCUCAGCAGCAGUGUAAGCUCUGCAAGUCAGUCCUCCCCUCAUCAGAAGUGCAGUUCUCUCCCUCCUGAGUAAGAAUAUAAAUGCAUUUUUGCAUGCAGUUUGGGUUGGUUUGUUCUGCUGGCAGUAACCCCCCAGAAGAGAAGCAAACCAGAAACAUGACAGCAGGAAACUGGCACUUUGCAUGCCUGAAUGCAGCUUUGCAGAGGAAAACAGAGCAGAGUGGGAGGACAGCUUCUCCUCAGCUGCUGCAAUCAGUUCAUCUCUUUAUGGCUUCAUGCUGGAACUUCCCAGCACCCCUGAUGGGGAAUAAGAGAAAAUAUUAGAGAAAAUAUUUACAUCCCUCAAGCAAGAGAUUCUGCUACAGCAGCACAAGGGACAACACUUCAGCAGUCAAGCUGGAAACCUCCUCCCACAUGUGCUCUCUGGACAUGGAGUCAGCCAAAGCAUCUUUGCCCAAAUCGAGGCUCCCUUGAGGAUGCGUACAUGAGCUGCCAUCCUGGACUUCAUCCCUCCCUCCUGGCUCAGACUGAGGCUGUGGUCAUCAGGAGGCUCCUUGCAAACACAGUCCCACCUGAAGACUGUAGCUGCUGAAGGAUUCCCAUGCUGCCCAAAGGAUGCUGCAGCAAACUGGGCAUUGUACGCAAGACACAGGUUCUGCGGGAGUGAUCUGCAAGUUUGUAAUGUGAACUCAUGAUUACAUGUAGUUAAGAGGUUCUCUUUAGCCCAGUAAUGUACAGGACUCUUGUAAAAAAGGUGUUUACUUUUGAUUUGUGUUGCAAGCAUGAAAUUGAGAGUAACUCUAGUAUGCAGGAAAUGAUAGUUUGCCUCUUCACUUUUUACAAAAAAAUUAAUUUUUUAACAGGUUUUCGGUCAACAGUUCAAUUUUUUCACAAAUACAACAUUUCUGGAAUACAGUUGUUUUAUAAGACCAGACUCGAUUUAAACAUUUAUUUUUUACUGAUGUAAAUAAAACAGAGGUUUUAUAU